AUGUUGCUUGCAAAGUAUUUCAAUGACUGGUCUGGUUUCGUUUGUGCAGCAUUGGGACCUUCCAUCAAUCCAGCAGCUGCAGAUGGUGAAGAUCCCCAUCCAGGAAAAGGCUACCAGUGUCAGUUCUGUGACUAUACGACGUUAAAGUUGUCACAUCUGGAGACACACAUCAGGGUUCACACAGGCGAGCGGCCCUAUAAGUGCAACCAGUGCCCUAUGAGCUUCUCUGUAAAGUGUUCAUUAACAAAACACCUGCUCAUUCAUGCAGGCGUGAAGUCCUAUAAAUGCCACAUGUGUCCUCGGAGCUUCGCGGCAAGGCAAACAUUAACGGAACACCUUCGCACUCACACGGGUGAGCGGCCAUUUAAGUGCAACAUAUGCCCGCGGAGCUUCACGGUAAAGUGCUCACUAACCGAACAUUUGCGAAUUCAUACGGGCGAGCGUCCGUACGAAUGCAGUGAAUGCCACCGAAGCUUCUCUGCAAGGCGUUCAUUAACAGAACACAUGCGCACCCACACGGGCGAGCGGCCGUUCAAGUGCGACCAUUGUUCCCAGAGCUUCUCAGCAAAACAAAAUUUAACGGAACACGUGCGGAUUCAUACGGGUGAGCGGCCAUAUAAAUGUGACACAUGCCCCCAGAGCUUCUCUAAACGGUCCACUUUGAAGGAUCAUCUGCGCACCCACACGGGCGAGCGACCAUAUAAAUGCCCUCAAUGCACAGAGAAAUUUGUGCAUAAGUCCAGCCUCAGAAGACACAUGCAUCAGCAUGAACGUGAGCAUGCAAGUGCACCUUCAUUAGGACACCCAAGUGGAACAUGUGGAGAAGGACAAGUGAGGACAGAGAAUUGGGAAUAUAAAGGGCAAAGUAUGACUGGACAAAAGCAAUGAGCAUUGCCAUGCAGGGGAGGGAGUAGUCGAUCACACACACGACAUUAGAGUGAGUGUGUCAGUGCGAUGUUUAGUCACAUCGCUCACGCCAUGGUAUCGCCAUGGUAAGGAAAGGACAAUGGUUAACCUGAGGAGAUCUUCAGAUGGCUUCCCUGUGGUUGGGAACAGAAAUGAGGGUGCACCAAGGCAAAGGACUUGCAAAAACGAAUGAACUGAAUGGUCUAUAUGGCUUGGUCAAUGCGGAUAUUUUGAGCGCCAUGUACGGUCAGCGACAUUUCACCGGAACUCUUAUCUCAGUGACAACUAGUGCUCUAGCAUGUACACAUCAUAAGAAUUGUGUAGUUAGUUCUUUGCGAAUCUUCACAUUCUGCACUGACAAAUGCAAGUAUCGAGACUGUCAUGGUCUUUAUCUUGUGGCUACUGCCUUGAUUAUACUUCUCUUUAUUGGUCAUUAUGGACCUAGAAGCAGUUCACUGUUUGUCUUUGGUUAUAAUUAGCAUACUACAAAUUUCAUUUUGUGGUUUCAUAAUUAACGAAUACACUCUUUAAGAGCACAUUGAAACACUGUGAAUAACUUCAUGUGUAGUUGUGUUCUGUCUGUCUCUUCAAACAAAAGUUGGCGAGGUAAUAAAAAAUUUAGCCAAUUAUGGGAUAAAAAUGCUGGAAUAUUACAUUGCUUCCCCUGCAUUGGUGUAACUGGUGCACUCUGUACGACUGUUGGCAAAUUAUGGAAGGUAGUCUUUUUACUUCAAGCUCAUUUUUGUUGUCUCUAUGCUCUAUAUAUGUAAAUUAUUUUUGAAGACCUUUUUAAAUGCAAGGCAUUUCUUCGCCAAUUAAAGGCACAUUUAGAAUUUUUGUCUACGUAUUAAUCUUUCUAUCUAGCCGCUUACAUCUGGGUACCAUCGCGGUCGCCUCAUGAACUAGGUAUACAGCCUAAAUUGAUAUGGGAGGGUAAGAGGGUUUGCUGAGUAUAAGUAUCUAGCCAUGACGUGAAUAAAUUGAGAAUCCAGUCACAUACGUCAUUGAUUCCUUCUCUGCAGACACAUGUGGCACAUAUCCGCAUACCACAGACCACGGUAUGUGCCCCAGAUGAUUGGCAGUUCAUACCUACCCAGGAAUAGCAAGGAUGGACAUUAGUAAUUUACACGUGAGAGCCAUUAAGAAAACCAACAUCGGCAGCUUUGACACGAAAAACGCUAAGAAUAAAGAAUUAUGAUUCCAGAAGAAAUUGAACCUAAGCAUUCUGCAUUCAAAUCAGGUGUUCUACCACAGAGCUAUGCGAGUUCUUGAAACUGCUUUGGAAAAGGACCCUUUGCAGGUGUAAUGUCAGUGCAGCAUCAGUUGUAGCUGCAUUGCAGGCUAUCUAGUUCUAUAACGAACCAGUAAACAUUACAUUUAUGCUCCUAUGAUACAGGCAGUAUAUCACAAUAGUGUUAGUUGUAGUUUCAGUAAUGGCUGUAUUUUAACACCAGUAAAUAAUAAACAUUACGUUUGUAUUUCUAUGAUUCAGCAAGCUAUAUUCAAGCAUUCCUUGACCCCUCAUGAAUACACAAAUAAAACUUGAAAUGAUAAUCACAUCAUUUCACUGCAAAGUGCACUUCAUUUCCAUAAUACUAAAACGUCAUUGCUCUAACGUGAGUACUGACAUUAAGUCAGAGUAUAUGUUACCCGUGAAAAUGCCAGUGCAUUUGACAUUCCUGGCAGGCCCAUGAUGUGCGCACAACUACCAAAAAUUACGUGUCGAACUGCCUCGAUGCACUUGGCUGAAAUAAAAAAAAUGCAGCAUAGACAAUUACUCGCAGGCCACUUCACUUGAAAGCGAUUCUCACUGGGUGCCAGAUCUGCUAAAUUUUCAGUUAUUCUUUUGCAUACUAUGACCUAUACAAUAGUUGUGCUGAUAAUAAAUCGUGUGACGAAACACUGAGAUCAAAAGCACACUGUUUUUUCACUGUUUAUUGUCAGUACAAAUAAACAACAAACCUGGUUGGCUACCUUGCUAAUUAGGCAUAUAACUGUUUGUGGCUUGAUGAACCCCUUGAGGUUGUUUCAUUACAGUGAAUAAAUUGGUGCUUUUGGCAAAUGCUGUUUGUUGUUGGUAUUACGAUGCUUGUACUAAAGAUAUAUGACAUCAUUCACAUUUGAUUAUACUCUUAACAGUUUCAAGAGAAAUCCAACUAUGGUUCUGAUGUGCUCAUUUCUUGCGGCUACUGAGUGUGACUACAUUGACGAAUUUUCAUUGUUAUUAAUCAUUAUUAUAGAAAUGCUGUGUUUAAUCUUGCAUUUUGACUCUUGCAUUUGUCCCUAGCUCUGACUUUGGCAGUUUUGCGAUCACUCUCUAAAUUUCUUCUUUGUUUUUUAUAUACACAAGGUUAUAAGUACAUUACAUAACAGUGAAAUUUCAUUUGAAGAAGAUGUUCUCAACAAUCGUAGGUUUAGAAAUUCUCCGAUUCUUGCUGUGCACUGUACAUUAGUUUUACUGUGUCCUGUAGAUCAGUUUUAUAACAACGCUGCACUAAAGCAUUGUUAACAUUGCCAUCUAAGUGGUUGUUUGUGUAGCGCAUAUGACGAUGCUAAAAGGCAGCUCCCGCACGUUGGAUUUGAGCACUUGCUUGGCUGUUAGACGUGGCUUUUUAUUGCGUUUUUUUUUCUUCUGAGUGGCUUAAUUUUCACCAAUUGUUUAAUCACUGAAAGGCUGCACUACUAGUGCCAGUUUCACUUGAUAGAAUAAUCAGAUGUUCACCUUGAAGCAAUAGUUCAGUAGUUCUACCUUAGUUCUCUUGCAAUUACACUCAGACCUCAUUAUAACAAAGUUGCAUGUUGUGCGAAAGUUAUAUUGUUAUAUCCAAAAAGUCAUUGUAAAGCUUUAUCUCUAACACUGUAUAUAUUGCAAGGUUAUUUUUUAUUUACUUCGUUAUAAUCAGUAUUUCGUUAUAUCUGAAAAGUCAUUAUAAAGGUGUGUUAACACUAUAUCUAUCUGAAGACUAAUCUGCACCUACUUUGUUAUGACAGAUAUUUUGUUAUAUCUGGGUUUAUUAUAUUGAGAUUACAGUGUACAAAUUAAGAAUAAUUAAAUGACCAGCACAGAUUGGUACAUGAUCAACACUUCCAUUUGAUAACACUUGACACUAUGUAGCCUCUAAAAUGUGCUAUGUGCAUUGCUACUGUAGCAAAUACAGUAAACUAUAACUAAUGACAAAUGAAAUACAGUUAUUUCCAAACCAAGACUAGUGUACAAUUAGUGAGCUAGUGUACAACUAGUUUGCCCCAAUUUCAGAUGUCUAAUACAAAUGUGCAACUACAAAAGAUAUGUCAUGCCCUCUUUCUGUUUUACACAAAUGGUUAUAGGUUGGUGUGGUCUACUGCAACAAAAACUUAGUGAAACAUCAAAUGCUACAGAGAAAGAUCGUUAGACAUGUAGCCAAACUAGAUUACUGCACAUCGACUUGACUUGUGUGCCGGGAUUAUAAUAUUAAGUAUGAAAAUGUGCAUGUUUUAAUUCUGCAAUCUUAUAUUUGUUCUCACUAUUUCAAGUGAUUUAUUCAAAUUACUGCACAUCUAACGCCGAGAGAUGUUAGUGUGUGCACAGUGAUCACCAACAUAAAGCACAUUUGCAGGUUUUGCAAUAAUUUCAAAUUUGCAUCGCUACAAGUUGCCAAUAUUCCGAAUAGAUGCAGUCACAUGGCAAGCUUCUUGUUUCAAGAAAUCGAAUUAUUUUUGAUAAGUUUGCAAUGACUUUCUCAACAUCAAGAAACAUACUUGCUGCAAGGUUUUCAUUGAUGGCUUUGUUAUACAUUGUAUAAUUCAAAACAUUUAUCAAGAACUCAGUUUUGAUAUUAAUAUUUUCUGUUCUUACUGUGUUUUUGUUUGAUAAUAACUACUGAUAAUGAUCGACAUUUUUUCUGUGCAGUUUUCUUUAUUUUUAUGUUCAAAUAUAGCUAUUGUGAUUGUACAUGUUUUUAUUUGUUGUCUUUUUCUGGUGUUCAUGUACCUUGGACAUGUUUAUUUUUAAGGUAUAAAAGUGUAUAUUAUGUUUAUAUAAGUAAACUUAAAAAUAUAAAAGUAAUAUGUCAUAUGUGAUGUUUAUAUAAGUAAACUUUUAAAAAUGUAAAAUUAUUAUGUCAUAUAAGAUGUCAUGUCACAAUAUCUCAGUUACUAAUAGACCUUAUGCAAAAUUGCUGCCAUUUGUCGUCCGUCGUGUACAUAGCCGCCAUGUUAGAGGCUGAGCGUGAUGAAGUCUGUUAGGUCUGCAUGCGUUUGCAUGUGCCUGAGGCCUACCGACGUGAGGCGUGUAUUGGCUGAUAAUCGCCAAUACUGCGUCCCAGUAUUGCUGCGUCCCUUGUUGCUCACAGACAGGAAUUAGAAAUGCUGAAGGAAAAAACGUGAGCCGUAAACGUUUCCCCUUGUUAGUUUUUUAAAGUGGCGGCAUUUUGAGAAUGUGCUCGGCUCUUGGCUACUGCUCCUGAAGAUGUCUUUGUGUUCGCCUUUCCAAGAAAAUAAAAUGUGCAGAAGCAUUUUCACUUGUGUUCCCACAAAUGGCUGCACGUUGAAGCAAGGCAGCUGUUUACCAAAUGAAGCGACUCAGACGCUUCAUGCAGAAGCCAUCUUCAUGCAACAAGCUUUAUCCCAGCUAAUUGCACGUGCCUGCAUUUUGUUGAAUGUGCCGAGCACAUUGAAUGCUUGAGAAAUGUGCACAGUCACCCGCAAGUCAUCCCAAUAAAUGGCAGCUUGUCACACUCCAGAAGCAAAAACAAAACAUGAAACAAAGAUGCUUUAGCAUCGUCUUAUCUCUUCUCAGAAUGCACCAAUGACGCACACUUGUUUUUAAUUCAACGUCUGCCAUUACUGAAACGUAACAAACGAAACAACACGUUCAACGAAAUCUAGGCAUGUGCAAUUAGCUGUGAUAAAACGUGUAGCAUGAACGUGGCUUCUGCAUGAAGCGAAAAAGUCGCCUUCACUUGGUAAACGGCUGGUAGCAAAAACAUUAAAAAAAUCGCCUUGCUUCAGCUUAGUAAAAUUGCUAUUGCUUGUGUUACUUUCUUAGAAAUGAGAACGCAAAUAUGUGUUACGAGACUAGUAGCCGGAGUUCAUAUGCUGGAAACAUCAUGAGCUUGAAGGAAUAACGGGUGCCAAAGUUUACAGCUAGCCUUUUUCCUUCAGCAUUUCGAUUUCCUCUCUGUACAGCAAGGGACACAGCAAUAUGUUGGCAUUCGUACUAUCAGCCAAAACAUUCUUCACACCGAUACGUCCUACGUUUAUGCAUACGUAAACACAUGCGGACUGUACGCGCAGAGCCUCUAACAUGGCGGCUAUGCACACAAUGGCCAGCAGAUGGCAGCAAUUUUGCAUAAAGGUAGAAUGUGUUAUUGAGCCAGUUGAUUCAUGCUGAAAAAAAGGUUAAGGAUGCAACCCACAGUAGACGGUAAAAAAAAAGGGGGGGGGGGGAAACGGAAUGUUCUGUCCUGUCCUCUUAUAUUUUUUUGGCUGCGUGGAUUGCGUCCUUGACCUAUAUACCUACACUAUGUAUUGUAUCUCAUGUACAUAUCUUAGUCCAAUGCUUCUGCCUUGAUUGUCAAGGAAUCAUGGUCUAGUCUAGCACUCUAUAACAGCGUUUAGUAAAGGAACCUCUCGAAAAUCUGUAUUUCUUGUGGAAAAUAAAAAUAUUUGAUUUGAU